GCCGGCUGCCUGGUCAUGUGACUCCCCAGGAGGGCGGGGGAGGAGGAGCCGGGGCCGCCAGCGGCGGCGUUCCUUCUGCGGUCCUUUGGCGUGGGUGGAGCGGAGGUGAGGCUGGUGUGGCGGAGCGCCGACAUGGCGGCAGCUGGCAGAGAGUGCGAGCCGGAGCCCCCGCCCCAAAAAGCGGGCACAACUUCUGACCAGAUCCUUAAGACAGGAACUCUUCUUCUCAAGGGCUUUAUCCGGGACCGAGCCCAGCGCAGCGGAGAUUCUGGCUAUGACGAAGUGAUAGCAGAACUUGGAGGUUCAGAGUCCCAGCCUUGUGACCCCAGCACCAAGAGACUGAGCGAGUGCCUGCGUCGGAUCGGGGACGAGCUCGAUGGCAACAUGGAGCUACAGAGGAUGAUAGAGCAAGUGCAGGGAUACCCUCCGAAGGAAGUCUUCUUCCGGGUGGCUGCAGACAUGUUCGCAGAUGGGACCUUCAACUGGGGCCGUGUGGUGGCUUUGUUCUACUUUGCAUGCAAGUUGGUCCUGAAGGCAAUUUGCACUAAAGUACCAGACCUCAUCAGGACCAUAAUUAACUGGACGAUGGAGUACAUCCAAGAGCAUAUCAUGGCCUGGAUCCAAGCCCAGGGUGGAUGGGAGGGCCUCCUAUCCUACUUUGGCACCCCGACUUGGCAAACCAUUGCUGUAUUUGCUGCCGGUGUUCUGACUGCGUCACUGACCUUCUGGAAAAUGUCUUAAUCUUCAGUCCCCUCCAGCAGGGAGGGAGGGGCACACUUUUUCAUUGUGGGAGCAAAGAGGGCAGGUACCCUCAAUUUCCUAAUCAAGAGAAAAAAAUGGGCUGUGAUUCCCCAACCCCCCCUGUUCUGGGCAAAUGAGGUUUUUUUUAUGUACUCUUUAUCUUGGUGCCUUUUUAAAAAAGCGCACACCUUUUUCAAGUGUACUUGAUGGUAUUACUUUUGCCUGUCUGUGCCUCCUGGAGGUUAGAGAGCAGCAGCCAUGGAGAUUGCUAAUUGCAGCUUUUGAAGGAUGCAGGAGCAGGGGAAGGAUGAAAUGAAGGAUGAUAGGUAGCUUCUGGUUGGUGAGAUGGCCCCACUGUUCAACCCGUGUGUGGUUUCCUAGAACAGGACAACGGGAUAUUUUGUCUUCGUGACUUCUUCAAACGAGACCGAUUCUGGUGGAACUGUGUGAGCCAGCCUCUCUCUUUUGGGAUGGGAAAUCUCAGAGGCUGAAUCGGGACACAACUCUGCAUUGGCAGAUUCAAAACUCGUCAAUGAAAUACCGAAUUCUGCCCCUCCGGGACUUGAAAUGUGGUCCGAAGUGGUGAUCAUUUGGACCACAGGUACUAAAUUACAAACACCAAGAAGCAGAGUUAUCUAGGCACCAUUUUCAAUAUUAAUUCAGCCGAUGUCAAAUGGGGGAUGUUGAAGCAAUGCCUCACAGUAGCAGGUUCUUUUGGUUUUCUGAAGAGAUGCUGAGUGGUGAUGAUGGCCAGAGAGAUGCUGGAAGACAAAAUAGGAGAGCUGUGCUUGACAAGAGGAGACCUGCACAGCUUGAGGGACCCUGGGCUGUUGGAUGGAUUCAUCUGCCUAGUUCCACCGCAGUGGAAAAGAUGCUUCCGACUGCCUGAGGAUCUUGGUGGCUUAGGGGAAAAGGAGCAGGAAAAGAGGGCAUAGCAGGCUUCCAUCUGUUCUGCAAAGGUUCUGCAAUGCACUGCCAGCCUCUUCCAGUGGAUUAACUGCCCUCUAGGUGUUCCCUAAGUUUUGUCAGCUCAGCUCAACAAACAAAAAAUGUCACCAAAUGCUUUGUUCAAUCUGUAUUUCACAUACCGUGCCCAGUAGGGACUAUCUAAUUGUGGCUGUGAUGGGGAAAGUUUGAGUAUUUGGUAUUCUCUUGUGUGGCUUCUCUUCUUUUUCUUCUCAUCUCCCCUCCCCCAAGUUGUGUGCAGUCACAAAAUACUUCCGUACAUCUGCCUGGAUGCAGAUCCCAACAUCUGGGGGUAUGCCAUCCCCCACUGUGUUGCCAUGCAGAUACUAAUUUUGUACAGAUUUGGACUAGUGUGGAAUUAACUUUCACACAAACUGGUGCUUCAGAAUUGGUUUUUUACUGUAAGGAAGUGGAGCUCCUCUCUUAGCCUAAAGCCUCUGUGUUCUGCAUUUUGGUUGAAGAGAGUUAGUUUCCAUCUCCUUACUACAUUUGGCUUUUAUUUGUGCUGGAAAUUGUUUAUGGGAGAAAAAAAUGAACUGAUCUAUAUGUUUUUUGGUGGUUCAGAGCAGCGGGGAGAUGGAUGGGAGGAUGGAGCAUGGAAUAUGUUAGAGGGCCCUCUGGCAGUGGGGUUCUUUGUUAUUUUAUCUCCUGCAGUCAGAGGUAGAGAUUAGAACUUCCUUGAGGGGGCAUCAAAUGCAUGUGGGUGGAUAGCUAAUUGAGCCAGCUGGCAAAAUCAAUUUGUAACCUUGUUGGGAAGGAGGCCUCUUUGGUCUGCUCAGCUCCUUUUCAUCUUGUCUUCCUUGUGGUUGUCCAUGUAUUUCCUACCCACCCCUGGAAGGGGGGAGAAAUGAACACAAGUGAAGAAACUAGUUUAGUUUGCUCAGGCAGGAGACUGUGAUGGCAGAAAGCUGAGGUAGCUAGCAGAAUGGACUGUACCACUUCAGAUUUCUAGUGGUAGAAUCCAACCUUGAAUGGUCAUUUUCCUUAAAGAAGGAAAGAAAAGGAAACUAGCACAGUAGGAAGACAGGUUGCUGAGUUGUCUUUUAGCUGUGGUGGUUUCUUUUUUUUGAAGAAAGGACCCACUACCUUUUUGGAGCAGCCCGUUGUUUUGUUUCAUUUGGCCCUCAUUCUCCUGCAGGUGUGAUUCAGACAUCAAAAAUCUACUGUUGCUGCAGCCAUAGGAACACAGUAUCUAUUGCAGGCUGAGAGAGUUCAGCUUGCCCUCAAGUGUGUGUAGUUGACAGUGUGCUAAAGCAUCCUUUAGAAAUACCAGGGCUGGCAGUGUGUGUCUUCCCCACAAUGUAUGUUGUUGGGGGUGGGGACUUGGGGGGUAACUUUUCCUGCCUCCAUCUAAGUUGAUAGUGGCUGGUUCUUGGAAAUAAUUGAGCAGGAGGAGGGAUCAGGGUUUUUUUUUCCCUGCAGUGGUUGCAGGGAAGGGGAAUAAGUGGCAGGCAGGGAAAGAGGGUAUUUAGAACAGAACUACAGAAAUUGCCCCGAGCUCACCCAUUGCCUUCCUUUCCCUGUUCUUUAGGGGCUUGCAGCACACACAGACCUUGUACAAGCGCAAGCAACCAUCCUCUCUCCCUAUGAUGUCCUUCUAAAAACUCAAUCAGGGCAGGAUUCACUAUCUGAAAGUGCCCCCCCACUCUUCUCCUCUACAGCUGUUUGUGCCACUCCUGUUCAUCAAAGGCAAACAAA